CCCGCCAAGCCAGCAUCCCACCGUCCCACCAAGCCAGCAGCCCACACACACACACACAAAGCCCACAAGAUGUUCUCCCAAGACAAGACAAGGGUCUUCCUUCUCCCCCUCCUCCUGUGCUGUACCACCCUACUGGCGCUAAGCAACACAGCCCCAGUGGCAAACGAACCGGCAACCUUAGUGGAGACAGUCGACGACAAGCAGAUGGAAGACACUAACCCAGUCUCAGAGACAGACAAACAGAUGGAUGGACAGACAGAGGAGCGGGAGGAGGAGGAGGAGGAGACAGAGGACGAGGAGAAGGGGGAGGGGGAGGAGGAAGAGGAGAUCGUGGAGGAGUCAGAGAGCUCUGAAGUGGAGGAACAGUUCGUGUGUCGCCCCGACAUUUGCGCGGACCCACAAGGAAUCAUCAGGAACGGAUGUGUGGAAUUCUGCGCGUUUUUCCCAGGUCCGAGUGGCCAGCAACCCGCGGAGAACCAGAUACUGUUUCCUAACUAGACACGGUCUGGUAAGGCUAGAGCUUGUUUUUUAAUAUGUGAGGCAGCGUGGUGGAACCAGGCUCUGGUCAAUUUUUGGGCAUGUAGAGUUAUU